AUGGGGCGGUGGGGGGCGGCCGGCCCCUGCUCUCUCUGGCUCUGCCUGGCCCUCUCGCUGCUCGCCGGAUCGGCCCACGGGGACCCAGCUGCCCCGCUGGGGAGCAGCCACUUGGGGGCCACCAGCAGGCACCCCCGGAGCUACAACCAUCUGGAGGGUGAUGUGCGCUGGAGGAGGCUGUACGCCUCCACCCACUUCUUCCUGUGCAUCGACAGCAGUGGCAAGGUGCAAGGCACACGGUGGAAGGAAAGUCCGAACAGCAUCCUGGAGAUCCGGUCGGUGCGAGUGGGCGUCGUAGCCAUCAAAUCCGUGCACACGGGUUUCUACCUGGCCAUGAACAAGAAGGGGAAAGUAUACGGGUCGAAGGAGUAUAACCCCAACUGCAAGUUCAAAGAGCGCAUCGAGGAGAACGGCUACAACACCUACGCCUCGCUGCGCUGGCGCCCCGGGAACCGCCCCAUGUUCCUGGCCCUCAACGGCAAGGGCAGGCCCAGGCAGGGGGACAAGACGCGGCGCCAGCACCUCUCCGCUCACUUCCUGCCCAUGCUCGUCUCCUGA